AUGAGUUCUUUUAAUGUAGUGGGUUGGUUGGCACUUAGCAUAGUGAAUGUGGCUGUUUCUGUCGUCACUAUCCUGAUCAACAUCUUUUUUAUCUGCUGUAUGUUUUCUUCACAGGAAGGACCAGGAAAUCAACAAAAGCCACCCCUUAAUGUUUUACUUGGAUCGCUUAUUGGGUGCAACAUCUUUCUUAGCAUUUGUAUCAUUUUCUUUUGCCAGCAAGUUUUUCAUGUGCCUUAUGGGCAAGACAAUGUUUUACAUGGAGCUAUCUUUUAUGCCCUGAGGUCAAGUUUUACUGCGUCUGUUGGGCUGAAUGUAUUUUACUACUUUCAGAUUGUUCCUGCCCGGCAACCUUUUUUGAUCUGGGUGAAGACAAACAUCAAACUCUUGAUUUACUUGUUUUUGUUUUUUGGGAAUAUCUUCAUUAUAUCUGGAUUACUUUGGAUAUUUUUCACUUUAGUGCACUUCAAUUCAUCCCGUGCUUCCCUGAAUGUAUCCAGUGCUUUCUUGAAUUCAUCCAGUGCUUCCUCGAAUUCAUCCAGUGAUUUCAUCACAUAUCAGCUAACUGAUGUCGGUUAUUAUCUGAUAAUGACAGACCUUUUGUUUAGAUGCAUCUUUUUUUUGGUUGGUCUUGGCAUUAUGGGGGCAUCAAAUACUUCCACUGUUCUCUAUCUAUGGAGACAUGUGAGGAGGAUGGAGGACUCCAGUUUUUUCUCUGCACUUCAUUACCAGAAUCAGAAAAGAGUGGCUAUAUUGAGCAUCAUACAAACGGUGCUAUUCUUUAUUUAUGCAGCCGGACUAUUGAUAUACCAAGUACAAUUUUUUUUCUUUAAUUAUGAUUUUGACUCUUAUUUUUCUGUUUUAGCCUUUUACUGCUUUGGUACAUCCAUCAUUCUAGGUGUUGGGCAGACAAAAUUCAGACUGUGCGCUGUAGAAAUUUGGAAAAAAAUUUGUCAAGCUGUCUCACAUUUAAUCUGAAUGUGAGUGACAGGAAUGGAUAUUGUAAUUGUUGUUUUUGUUACAGUAAUACAGAAAAUAUUGAAAUGCUAACAAUUGCUCACAUUUGAAUAUCAAAUGGCUGUAAGUAAAUUUACACAUUUAGGGUCACAUGUAAAAAAUGGAGAACUUGUAAUUUGUAUUUUCUUGUAGAUUUGUAUUUGCUUGAGAUUAUUUGCUGCCAUUUGCAAACCAAAAUAUGUCAAAGGGAUUCAGUAAAUGUUUACAAA